AUGAAAAAGAAGGAUUCCCCUCCCACCAGCCUCAAAUUGUCUCCGUCCUCCCCAGCUAAGCUCUUGCAUGGAAGUUUUCAUGAGAUCCCGACCGAAGAACCAUCUUCAUCAUCCUCCUCCGAUCCUGAUGGGCAGGGUGAUAUUAAUGAUGAUGAUGAAGACGAAUCAGAUCUUUCUGAUGAAGAGAGUGAAACGCCUAAUGCUUGUGAUGAGCCGAUGCCCAAAGUUCCAGUUUAUGACCAGAGUCUUCAACGUGGCUUAAUCGAUGUCAAAAUGCAACUUGCUCAGCUUGCGAGCACGAUACAGAGCACGGAAACCAAUAUUGAUACAGACUCUGGUCUACUAGAGCUUCUGCCAGAGGUUGAGAGUCUGAGCAAGUUUCAGUCACCGGAAUCUUGCACGGUUGGAUUUAUUGGGACUUCCGGUGAAGAAUUUCGCUAUGUCAAUGAAGUCCACCCUGGACCUUACAGCAUCGAAGCCAUAUUCAUGAGCCCUGAAGAAGUUACAGAGCUUCUCGAGGAGCUUCUACGAAGCUUUCGAGUGUAUUAUUGCGGAUCUUCUUCCAAGGAACUCUCAACUGAAGAGCAGAGAGGCUUGAGAGAUGCCGCCAAUAGUGCUGAGGCCACUUUGGAAUCUCUAUUCGGGUCCCAAAUGGAGUUCAAUGAGGAAUUCCUUCGAGAUGAAAGUGAAGGAGCCGAGGUGUAUAUUCUUACCCGGUUGGAAGAAUGGGCUGAUCUUGUGGUGUCUCUUCGACCCAGUGGAACCGAUGCUCUGGUUUAUACCACGGUUGCAAAGAAUCUUCGGCGAUGCACGGAAACGCUUGAUCACCUAGUGGCCGAUACAUAUGAGGAUGGAAAACCUGCCUUGUGGCCAUUCAUCAAGCUCCUCAGGGUCUAUCUCAAGGCUCCCAUCCUGCGCCUUGGGUUAGUGAUAGCAGAUUUGCCCGGCUUCCGGGACUUGAAUUAUGCCAGAGUCCGGGCAACUGAGAAGUAUUUGUUGCGAAAUUGCGACGAGGUCUUUAUCGUGUCCGACAUUGCUCGAUGCUGUACUGACAAAUCAAUUCCUGACAUCAUGAAAAGAUGUGAAAACAAGCCACGACACAUUGUCAUUUUUGCCGAUGAGGAAAGUCGCGGCGACGGUUCAGAGGCUCAGAAAGUACGCAAAAUGGUGAAAAAUUUGCGAAGAGUCCAAGUCGACUUGGAAAAAGCUCGCAAGUGUAGUCGGAAAACCAAGUUCAGCCAAAAAGGAGACUCGAAAGCCAUGCAGCUGAUGGACAAAGUUGAUGACCUUCAAAUAAAGCUGAAAGGAUUCAUGGUUGGCAACCGCAACAGACGCGUCAGAUAUGAACUUCAGCAAAAGUAUAAAUUUGCCAAAGUUUUCUGCGUUAGUAAUACCUGGUAUGCCACACACCGCAAGGGCGAGGAACGCCUUUCCGAAGACUAUAUCAAGCUCAGUGGAAUCCAUGAUUUGCGUGGGCACUGCCAACUGGUUCCCGCGGAAGCCCAGCUACGAUCAACGGUGGCAUAUCUCCACCAUCAAGUUCCAGCUCUUCUAGGCUCUCUUCGUCAAUGGGCCCUGGCUGGAGCUGAUUUUGUGACUGAAUAUCGAGCUGUUUCUCUUCGUGCGACUUUGAAGCAGGUUGAAGCCAUCAUUCGAAAGAAGCUUGUUUCAGCACACGGAUGCAUCGAGAAUGUGAAACACAAAUUGAUUGAUUUAUUCGAAAAGAAUGUCCUACGAAAGAUUGUGGAAAAUGAGGAAGAGUGGACAAAGAAGUCAGUCAAAAAUAGCGAUGACUGGGCCAAUUUACACCAUGUGACCUUUGGCGCAAUUUGUCGGCAUAAUGGAAAGUGGACCACAAGAAGACAGGAAUCCAUUUCCGUGAACGAAGAACUCACAAAGUACCCGAAGGAGAUAUUGGCCCCCAAGUGGGACUUUCUAUGUGAAUGGUUGAAUUCUCAAGCCGACAAGUUGGCUAUUAUAAACGCCGAGAUUUUUGAGGAAGUUUGCGCCGCACUUCGAGUCCAUGAGCCACAUGCCCCUCAGGCUGUGGGGAAUGUUCUCGAUUGCAUGAAAGAUAGGAAGGACAAUAUUUGCUUUGCGAUCCGACAAAAUAUUCGUGAAAUGACCUUUUCCUCAGACACCGUGAAGUGGGCCAUGGUGUCUGGCAUCGAUAGUUCCUUCAUGGCAACCAUCAUGAGACCUGUCUAUCUGUCCUGCAGCAAACAUACAGGCCAAGGCUGUGAUAAGAGACGGAAGGAUGAAAUGCGAGAGUUCUUGAUGAGCUCCAAAAUGUUUCUCAAGUACCACCACCUUGCAAAAAGGAAGUACUUCAAAGAAAUAAACAAGCGUUUCAAUGACUUCCAAAAGGACAUGCUUGAAGAAGUGGAAAAAAUCGUGAGGGAUUUGAAUAUGGUGGUAGCUGAUGAGGGAGAAGUUCUAGAGGCCAUCCAGAAGCCAACAUUGGCUGGAAUGGUGAAGGCGGGGGUUGACACUGCACAAGCAACACUUAGUAGGGCGCAGUUUGAUUUGGGGCUUGCUAUGGGUGAUAAGCGAGACUGA